GAGGCAGGGCAGGGCGGGGCGCGAGCGAGCGCGCGGGCUGGGCCGGAGCCGGCCUGGUCGCCAGCCUCACCCGGCACAGUGAGCGGAGCGCCUGGGCGGCGGCGGCGGCGUGAUGGCUCCGGCCGCGGACCGGGAGGGCUUCUGGGGCCCCACGACCUCCACGCUGGACUGGUGCGAGGAGAACUACUCCGUGACUUGGUACAUCGCCGAGUUCUGGAAUACAGUGAGUAACCUGAUCAUGAUUAUACCUCCAAUGUUCGGUGCAAUUCAGAGUGUUAGAGACGGUCUGGAAAAACGGUACAUUGCUUCUUAUUUAGCACUCACAGUGGUAGGAAUGGGAUCCUGGUGCUUCCACAUGACUCUGAAAUAUGAAAUGCAGCUAUUGGAUGAACUCCCAAUGAUAUACAGCUGUUGCAUAUUUGUGUACUGCAUGUUUGAAUGUUUCAAGAUCAAGAACUCAGUAAACUACCAUCUGCUUUUUACCUUAGUUCUAUUCAGUUUAAUAGUAACCACAGUUUACCUUAAGGUAAAAGAGCCGAUAUUCCAUCAGGUCAUGUAUGGAAUGUUGGUCUUUACAUUAGUACUUCGAUCUAUUUAUAUUGUUACAUGGGUUUAUCCAUGGCUUAGAGGACUGGGUUAUACAUCAUUGGGUAUAUUUUUAUUGGGAUUUUUAUUUUGGAAUAUAGAUAACAUAUUUUGUGAGUCACUGAGGAACUUUCGAAAGAAGGUACCACCUAUCAUAGGUAUUACCACACAAUUUCAUGCAUGGUGGCAUAUUUUAACUGGCCUUGGUUCCUAUCUUCACAUCCUUUUCAGUUUGUAUACAAGAACACUUUACCUGAGAUAUAGGCCAAAAGUGAAGUUUCUCUUUGGAAUCUGGCCAGUGAUCCUGUUUGAGCCUCUCAGGAAGCAUUGAUGAAUCAUUCCACCAAGAAAACAAACAAGCACCUACCAUAGACCUGGCAGAAUAAAUAAGGAAAUCCUUUAAGAUCUACAAGUUCAAAUAUGUCAUGACCAUCACAGCAGAGGAGUGACUUUCUGACUAAUGCUGCCACCCACACAGAGAAUAAGGAGUGGGGCCUGCUGGGUGUUUAGCUCAUGGCUUUAUCUUAUUUGUCCCCCUCCUCCUUUCACACUCCAGUUUAUAAAGAAACAGAGAUGA